CCCAUGCAUGUUACUAUAAAUUACAACGAUACUCAUUCACAACCUUACACAAAAACACUUUAUAACACUCUCUUUGUGCAAACUUCAAAUUUUAAAGAAUUGUUUAAUUUCAUCGACUUGCUAGACACUAUUCAACAAAAAUGUCAAUGUCAUCGUCGGAGGAGAAUCACCGGAAAACAGUGGAGGACAAGGCUGAGAUGGGGAGGAGAAAAAGAGCAAUUUGGGAAAGAAAGUGGAAGAGAUUGGACAUUGUGAAGGCUUUUGCUUCUCUCUUUGUGCAUUUCCUCUGUCUCUUAGCUCCUUUCCAUUUCACUUGGCCAGCUUUACGGGUUGCACUUGUUGUCUAUACGGUGGGUGGGCUAGGUAUCACCGUCUCUUACCACCGUAACUUGGCUCACCGGAGCUUCAAAGUCCCUAAAUGGCUCGAGUAUUUGUUUGCUUAUUUUGGUCUUCUCGCCAUUCAGGGAGAUCCGAUUGAUUGGGUCAGCACACAUCGAUACCAUCACCAGUUUACAGAUUCAGAUAGAGACCCACAUAGCCCUAAUGAAGGCUUCUGGUUCAGCCAUCUCCUAUGGCUAUUUGACACUGGUUAUCUUGUAGAAAAGUGUGGAAAAAAGACAAAUGUGGAGGACUUAAAGAGGCAGUGGUACUAUAAAUUCCUUCAAAGAACGGUCCUGUACCACAUUCUAGCAUUUGGUUUCCUCCUCUAUUACUUUGGUGGUUUGUCUUUCCUUACGUGGGGAAUGGGUAUUGGGGUAGCAAUGGAGCAUCAUGUGACUUGCCUCAUCAACUCUCUUUGCCAUAUUUGGGGAAGCCGAACUUGGAAGACCAACGACACUUCUCGUAAUGUUUGGUGGCUAUCGGUAUUCUCGUUUGGGGAGAGCUGGCACAACAAUCACCAUGCCUUUGAGUCGUCGGCGAGACAAGGCCUAGAGUGGUGGCAAAUCGACAUCUCUUGGUACAUCGUACGCUUUCUCGAAAUCAUCGGUUUGGCUACUGACGUGAAGCUGCCUUCAGAGAGUCAACGGCGUCGUAUGGCAUUGGUUCGUUGAAUGAGGAUAUUCGACUUAUCGUCUUUAUUAAGUAGUAUGAUUUAAAUGUCUGCGUACGUUUCAAGGUUUUGGUAAGGGUGACACUUGUAAUAUUGUGUUAUCCGGUGUUUGUUGUGUGUUGGAACCAAUUUACUUAAUUACGUUCGUUUUCGUGAACUUCUAAUAUGCGUAAUGUAGUUGACCACGUUUUCUAUUAUUUAUGUCAUUUACAUUUCGUUCA